AUGGUCGAAUUGCGUCUCCACCGUCGAAGUGUGUCUCAUCAGAUUCUUGGAGGCUCUCCUUCUGUCUAUAAAAAAUGGGGAGAGAUGGCACGAAAGAUAUGUUUGGAUGAUGUUGAGGUCAAGCUUGGAGAGCUAGAAGCUGAAAUUUUUGUCUCAGAUAAAUCGUUUCUCGGAAGUUUCAGUGGUCAUAUAGAGAGUGGAAGAGACCCUGAGAACUACUUGAAGUAUUCGGUUCAAGAUAUCGAGAGAAUCGUUCUUGAUUUCUUUGAAGAAUAUACACACGUCACACCCGCCAAACUUGAGAAGACGAUGAAAGAAGAAGAUUGGAGAGGUGAUGUUCAUUGUCAGUUCCCAGACCGCUUGCGGUUGUUUGAGCAUGGUGGAUAUCCUCUAGCUGCGAACGGGAUUGGAUCCGAUGGUGCAGUUGGAAGUUGGAACUUCACUGAUAAAAAAAUGUACACCAAGUGUGAAAGCAUCGAGAGUGCUUAUUAUAGGUCUCAGAUCAAUAAAGCAUCAUUGGAACUAACUAUUCAAGCAGAUGCAAGAGAGCGCUAUGAAGCAAUAAGGCAUCCAUUGCUGUAUGAGUAUUCGAGGAGGAAGAAAAGCAGUCAGCAGAAGACGACAAACGAGAAGAGUGACAUGGCAAAGGAGGCCACUUUGAGUAGUACGGUUACGAGGAGGAAGGGAAUAAGGAAUAAAGAGAACCUGAGAGAUGAGGUGAACAAGAUCAGUGUUGUGGAACGUUCGAUGGAAGAUCUCAAGGAGAGUGUGAUGGAGAUCCGAAACCGAAUGAGUGUGAUGGAGCGGUUGGAGAAACGUUUGGACGAGACGGAAGAGACGAGAAAGAGGGAGUUUGCGACGUUGUUCCAAGCAACGUUGCAAAGUCACAUGGAGGAAGAGAUCUCACCUCCGAUAAGACGAUCCGGCAAACAGAUCGCUUCUGAAGAAGAGGGGAGCGGUCUCUUUCGCGGCGGGACGUCGGGGAAGUUGAAGAUCCCGCUCUUUGAUGGAGAAAACGCGGAGAGUUGGGUCUUACGGGUGGAGCAAUAUUUCGAGUUGGGCGAUUUCCCGGAGGAACGGAAGAUGAGGGUGGUCAGGAUGUGCUUCGACGGUGAGGCGUUGAUGUGGUAUCGUUGGGAACGAGAUCGUAACCCAUUCGUAAGCUGGGAUCAGAUGAGGUACAGAGUUCUGGAGCAGUUCUCUACUAAUCAUGAGAUCACGGCACGAGAACGGUUGAUGACGUUGAAGCAGGUGGGGACGGUGAGAGAAUACAUAAAGGAUUUCAUCUCUCUCGCGUCGAACGCUCCAGAGCUUUCCGAUGCUGUGUUGGAGACGGCGUUCAUGAUUGGGUUGAAACCACAGAUCAAAGCCGGCGUGAAGUUGAUGGAGCUGCGAAACCUGAGAAAGAUGAUGAGUGUAGCAAAACUGGUGGAGGAAUGGGUGAACUACGGUGACCCAUCGCCGGCGUCGCAAACCGGAAAGUGGGUUAAGGGAGGGGGUCAAACGGGGUCAUCUCCAUUUAUGUCACGUAGUGGGCCUAGUGUGGGAAAUGGGCCUGGGCCUAAUAACAAUCAGCGGCCUAAAACAUUUCCAGGCCAAGAGAAGAUAGCGGGGAUGGAGAAGAAACCGACGACUCAGAACCCUAACUUCAAUGGGCGGAAUCGAGCGCCGUUCCGGCGUCUCUCCGGCGGAGUAUGCGAGGAGGAUGAAGGCGAGGAGGCAGAGCAGUUUGAGGAAGAUGAGAAAGACGAGGAGGAGGCGGUGGAAUUCGCGGAGUGCGCCGCUCUAUCCACAAAAUCGGUGAUGGGAAUCUCAUCUCCUAAAACAAUCAACGGGGCUACCCACAAUUUUAUCGACUACUGGUUGAUGCAAGAGUUAGGGCUCGUGGCGGAGGAAACCCAGAGCUUCGGAGUGAUCACGGGGUCGGGAAAGCCGGUCAGAGGAGGAGUGGCUCGAAACGUUGGGGAAACAAGAGUUAACUGGAAGCUGCAGACUCUGAAAAUUCCAGUGGAGGGAAGAUUGGUGUCGCUUCAAGGGGUUCCAAACUUGUGUAGCUCGGAGGUGUCGUGCAAAGCUAUGCAAAAGUUGCUGGAUCAAGCUGAAGUGAGUGUAGUGGUCAAAUGUCGAGAAGUAGUAGCGGAGAUGAAGGGAAAGGCGAAGUAUUCCGGGGCAAUGCAGAGGCUACUUUCUCAAUUCCAACAAGUGUUCCAAGAACCGCAAGGCUUGCCACCAACUAGGGGGAGGGAGCAUGCGAUCAACCUUGUCCGAGGAAGUAAUCCGGUGAGUGUGAGGCUCUUCCGUUAUCCUCACGCUCAGAAGGAGGAGAUUGAGAAGCAAGUGACCACGAUACUGAAGGCGGGAAUUAUCCAAGAAAGCAUCAGUCCGUUCUCUAGUCCGGUAUUACUAGUCAAAAAGAAGGAUGGCAGUUGGCGCUUCUGCGUCGACUAUCGAUCCAUCAACAAGGUUACGGUAAUGGACAGCUACCCGAUACCAAUGAUAGACCAGCUAUUGGAUGAGUUGCGUGGAGCGAGGGUGUUUUCGAAGCUCGACUUACGCUCCAGAUAUCAUCAGAUACGGGUCAAGACUGAAGAUAUACCGAAGACGUCCUUUCGUACUCACGACGGGCAUUACGAAUUCCUCGUAAUGCCGUUUGGGUUGUCUAAUGCACCAGCCACGUUCCAGUCUCUCAUGAAUGAGAUAUUUCGUCCAUAUCUAAGGAGAUUUGUGCUGGUGUUCUUCGAUGAUAUACUGGUCUUCAGUAAGAAUCACCAAGAACACACGGCGCAUGUGAGGCAUGUUUUGGAGACGCUACAGCAGCACCAGCUAUACGCUAAUAUGAAGAAGUGUGAGUUCGGCUGUUCUAGCAUAGAAAAGUUUGUGAAGGACUAUGGGAUCAUUGCUAGACCCUUGACUGAGUUACUGAAGAAGGAUCGCUUUGGAUGGAACGUAGUGGCAGAAGGGGCGUUCUCUGCGUUGAAGGUGGCUAUGUCGACAAUACCAGUCCUCGCCUUACCAGACUUCCAGGAGCAGUUUGUCGUGGAGUCAGAUGCAUCAGGCAAGGGACUUGGAGCUGUACUUAUACAGAACCAGAGACCUAUAGCGUACUAUAGCCAAGCUUUGUCAGAGAGACAGCAGCUCAAGUCAGUAUAUGAACGUGAGCUUAUGGCCAUAGUGUUCGCAAUACAGAAGUGGCGACAUUAUCUACUGGGGAGAAAAUUCCUUGUUCGAACAGACCAGAAGAGCCUCAAGUUUCUUUUGGAACAACGCAAGAUCAACGUGGAAUAUCAAAAGUGGCUAACAAAGCUCCUAGGUUUCGACUUUGAUAUACAAUACAAACCCGGGUUGGAGAAUAAGGCAGAGGAUGCUCUAUCUAGAAGGGGUGUAGCAACAGAGUUGAUGGCUCUAUCAGUUCCUACUGCUAUUCAGCUUCAAGACAUCGAGAAAGAGUUAUCUCUAGAUCCAACGUUACAGAAGCUAAAAGAGGAGAUUGUAGCUAAUAAGGGAGAUCAUAAGGAGUAUGAGGUCGUACAAGGGAGGUUGCUGCGUCGAGGGAAACUGGUGCUACCCAAAGAAUCUCCAUUGAUUGGGAUAAUUAUGAAAGAACUCCAUGAUGGGCUCAUGGGAGGUCACAGAGGGGUGCAACGCACGCAGAAAAAAGUCAGUGACAUGUUUUACUGGGUGGGGAUGAUGAGCGACAUAAGGAAGUAUGUGGCCGCAUGUUCAGUAUGUCAGCGGCAUAGGUACUCAACGUUGGCACCAGGUGGACUGCUGCAACCACUAGCUAUUCCAGAAGCAGUUUGGGAGGAUAUCGCUACGGAUUUCGUGGAAGGGCUCCCGAGAUCAGAAGGAUUCAAUGCGAUACUAGUAGUCAUUGAUCGACUGUCUAAGUAUGCACAUUUCAUUAAGCUGCGACAUCCCUUCACCGCAACAGAAGUAGCGCUAUUGUUUGUCCAAGAAGUCGUGAAGCUACACGGGUUUCCGAAAACCAUCGUCUCAGAUCGGGAUAAGGUAUUCACUAGUCAGUUCUGGAAGGAGCUGUUUCGACUAGCGGGAACGUCGUUAUGUAUGAGCACGGCUUAUCAUCCGCAAUCUGACGGACAAACAGAGGUGACAAACAGGGGCUUGGAAACAUACCCUCGGUGCUACACGAGUGACAAACCAAAGGCAUGGGCAAGAUUCUUACCGUGGGCGGAACUUUGUUAUAACUCUUCAUUUCACUCAGCUAUCAAGAUGACUCCGUUCAAAGCAGUUUAUGGCCGUGAUCCUCCGUUUCUUCUCAAGUAUGAGCAAGGAUCGACCACGAACGCGGAUCUUGAGAGUAAACUGAUUGAGCGAGAUGAUAUGUUGACUCUGCUACGAGAGCACAUUGGACAUGCUCAACAAGUGAUGAAGCGACAGGUUGAUGGGCAUCGCAGGGAGGUAGUUUUUGAGGUAGGAGAUAAGGUGUAUCUGAAGCUCAGGCCUUACCGUCAACAGACACUUGCAAGGAGAGCUAAUGAGAAACUGUCAGCGCGUUUUUACGGUCCAUAUGAGAUAACAGCACGAGUUGGUCAGGUCGCUUAUCGUCUUAAGCUACCGGAGGAAGCUAAAAUUCAUCCUACCUUUCACGUCUCACAGCUGAAGAAGGCCAUUGGAGAGGACAACCCAGUUGCUCCACUACCAUCUCAGCUUACUACAGAAGGAGUGUUGGUGGCUCAACCAGAAAAGGUAUUGGGAACACGAGUGAGCCCUCUGACAAGCCAAGAUGAGUUGUUGAUUCAGUGGAAGGGUCUGCCUGAUUAUGAAAGUUCGUGGGAGUGGAAGAAAGUGAUACAGGGAUAG